AGCUUCUCUGCUGGACUCCAGAGUUCUACAAAAAGCCCUGUUCUCGGGCAACCUUCCUUAGAUGGUUUUCAAGGAAACUGGGCUACGAAGUGGCAAAGUCUCUAGGAAGCAGGAUGCCAAUGCCUCUGGGGAAACAGGUCUUUUUCGCCGGAGUGGCAGCUAGUGGGAGCUGCGCCAUUGUGUACUACCUGGUCCAGAAAACUUUUUCCAGAGCUUCCUAUUACCAGCUGGCUCUGGAGCAGCUGCACAGCCACCCUGAGGCACUGGAAGCUCUGGGCACUCCUCUCAACGUUCACUACCUAAAGCUCACUGACAAGUACAACUUCGUGGACAUCGCCGAUGCAAAGCUGAAGAUCCCUGUCUCUGGACCAAAGUCAGAGGGCCAUCUCUAUGUCAGCUCAUCCAGAGAUGCCCCCUUUAAGAGGUGGAACCUUCAGGAGGUCUUCUUAGAGCUUAAGGACGGUCAGCAGAUUCCCCUGUUCAAGCCCAGCAGGGACAACGACGAGGUGAAAAAGGAGUGAAAAUGAUCAGCUCCCUCUGCUCCUGGCCUCGCUUGUCACCAUGUGCUCCCCAGGGCUGCAGGUGCGGCCAUAUGGUGAUCUCUGUGUCAUUUUAAUUUAACCACAGUGAACCCUACUGAAGUUUUUAGUUUAAUCAGAAACUUACUAAAAUUUAUAAUUUGAAAGUUCUCUGUAUAGAAGCAAAGUAUAGAAUUAAAGGAAUCAGUAUUAAUAAUGUUGAUUUCUCAUCUCUCACCAACCCACCCCGCCAAAAAAAAAAGUUUUCAGUGAGGUUUUCUAGCACUGACAAGGUUUUUAAUUGUUAACAUCAGAAUGCCAAGGGAGACAGACAAGCACUUCUAUCUGGUUGCUCGAUCCUAAAUUUAUGUUAAGUAGCUUGUUGGUCACUCUCAAGUACUUAGAAUUUUUUUUCUUCAUUGUUUUAUUUUCUUGUUUUAGUCACCAACUGUCUGCCUAAUUGAAGAUUCACAAAAUAACCACUUUAAUCCAAACAUUUCAAAAGCUUAAAACCACCACAUUUUAGAGAAUCUUACCUGUAGGUUUUAUUAGUCUUGCAGGGGGACAAGAUCUUCUGAGCACCAGAGCCUGCAAAACCCAGAAAUCUGCCACUUUUGCUUUGGAAAGGCCAAUUUAACCCCCUCAGUGUUAUUAACCUUAAUGAAGUUAUAAUCAAGGAUGUUCAUCAGCUCUUUCCCUGCCCUCUUAAUAUUCAUUGAAGGGAAACUUCAAAAAGGUUAUGCUGGUAGGGUAUGAGGCCUUUCAUCAUUGUUCUGUAGUUUGUUAUUUCUGUUCUACAGUUUGUUUCUUUAAAAAAUACUCUUUGACUAGAAUAUUAAGUGGAGAAGUCUUUCCCUUAGCGCACUUUUUCCAGUGUGUUCGUUGAUAAAUAUUACAAUCUGUGGA